AAAAUGGCAGAAGGCAGUGGAACAAAAUGGUGAAUACUUUGUUCAAUAAAAUUCUUGGCGAAAAUGAAAAAUAUGUGUUUUAUUUUUACUUUAAAAACUGAAGGAAAUUUUUCACCAACCCAAUACAGAUUCUGACCCCUACUAUUUGUAAAAUGAUGAGAAUGGAAAACUUAUAUACUCUUCUUUUUAAAAAAAUUGAAGUAGAGCACUCAUCGGCCAUCGCAAACCGGAUACCUCUCCUUUGCAGCUCUCUCUACUCCCUUUGUAACUAUGUCUGACAAACCCGAUAUGACUGAGAUUGAAAAGUUCGAUAAAUCGAAAUUGAAGAAAACAGAAACGCAAGAGAAAAAUCCACUGCCUUCAAAAGAAACUAUUGAACAGGAGAAGCAAGCAGGCGAAUCCUAAUGAAGCGUGCACUGCCAGCAUGCACUGUACAUUCCACAAGCACUGCCUUCUUAUUUUACUUUUAGAUGUUUAGCUUUGUAAGAUGUAAGAGGUUGGAUCGAUUAAAUGACUGCCAACCUUUUUCACAUAAGAGAAAGGAGAACUAUUCUAACAAUGUAUAGGCCAUGGCCUGCCUCUCUCAUCUGCCUGUCUGACUGGGAGGGAAAAAAAAACUGUUGGUGAAGGAGGAAGCUGGGUGGGACGACAGUGAACUCUAGAGUAAAAAGCAAGCUAGUCCAAGAUGUCCUCUGGUCUUCGAAGUGCAGUUUGGAGGGCCAUUUCCUUUUUGUUACAAUGAUUUUAAAUACUGGUGUACAAACAUUUUUUAACACAAAUAAAAAAUUUUAAAAUGUAAAAAA